ACACCACAGCUGUGCCAAGGGUGUGUCCUGAGGUUUCUUGGGUGAUAGAAAACUCACUGGCAAUAAAGGGCCAGAUGAUUGUGCCACCCAAUUCAUAGACCAGGCCUCUCAGGAGAAACCCCGGGAGAUUCCACACUGUCAGCCCCUUCUCCAAGAUUAGCACGUGGGCCUGACUCCUCCUCGGUGCCCAGCUCUGUACUGGCAACUAGCAGAGUAGCGAGCUUGAACUUGGCCUUGAGGAACAGCUGCCUCUAGAGUCGGAUCAGACAAGGGUGCUGAGAGCUGGGGCUCACAACCAAAGGAGAAAUGAGCAAUCUGCGGUCUUCGGAGGAGGAGAAAUAUGAUAUGUCAGGUGCCCGCCUGGCCCUAACACUGUGUGUCACCAAAGCCCGGGAAGGUUUCGAAGAAGACCUGGAUGCUCUGGAAUACAUGUUUCGGCAGCUGAGAUUCGAAAGCACCAUGAAAAGAGACCCCACUGCCCAGCAAUUCCAGGAAGAGCUGGAAAAAUUCCAGCAGGCCAUCGAUUCCCGGGAAGAUCCCAUCAGUUGUGCCUUCGUGGUUCUCAUGGCUCACGGGAGGGAAGGCUUCCUCAAGGGAGAAGAUGGGGAGAUGGUCAAGCUGGACAAUCUCUUCGAGGCCCUGAACAACAAGAACUGCCAGGCCCUGCGAGCCAAGCCCAAGGUGUACAUCAUACAGGCCUGUCGAGGAGAACAAAAGGAUCCUGGUGAAACAGUAGGUGGAGAUGAGAUUGUGAUGGUCACCAAAGACAGCCCCCAACCAUCCCAACGUACACAGAUGCCCUGCACGUCUACUCCACGGUGGAGGGAUACAUCGCCUACCGACAUGAUCAGAAAGGCUCGUGCUUUAUCCAGACCCUGGUGGAUGUGUUCACGAAGGGCAAAGGACAUAUCUUGGAGCUCCUGACAGAGGUGACCCGGCGGAUGGCAGAAGCAGAGAUGGUUCAGGAAGGACAAGCAAAGAAAACGAACCCUGAAAUCCAAAGCACCCUCCGGAAACGGCUGUAUCUGCAGUAGAAGUAGAAAGACAGGGAGGAGCUUUCAUUCUAGCACUCUUUCUGUCUCACCGAAAUUUAGAGGCAGCUCUUACCACUCCCUAAGAUCUUCUCUUCCUAAGGCUAAAUGGCACCCAGUUUCUUUUUCAUCACACCCCUCAUGCAGGUCCCCCUGUCCUUCUUAGAGCAAGCCAGCCAGAACUUAGCACAAGGCAUAGUGGUAACAUUAACAUCACCUCCCUCAGGCUGGACUUUCUAUCUUUAUUAAUGCAACCUAAGAGACCUAAGAGUGCAUUCACUUUUCCCACUUUCUGUUCCUGUGGUCUUCUUUCUUCCUCCCAAAGCAGAAACUGGAUAGCGCUGAAGAUUUUCCACGGACAAACCAAUGCCCACUCAAUCCCUCCUACCCCAGUCCAACCUCUGCUGGCUCCUGCAUCUCACUUGGAGAUAAAACCUCCUCCUGAGGCCAGUGCAUUCCCAACUUCCAGUUCCCUCCUUUACCCUGGAGAAUUAGUAAGGCAAGAACCAUUCUUUCUCUCCAAAACCAUUCCUCCUUGGCUAGCAAGUUGGUGUCCUAACUCCACUCUCUUCCUAGCUCAUGGCCUCUCUAGAUAACGAAGUUGUCUCCGCCUUUCUGGAUCUCUUCCUCCUAACACCCCUCCCCCUGAAACCCUGGAUUCUGCCCUCUCUCCAAUGAAAUCCACCCAUUCAACUAUUCUUGCAUUCAACUACUCUGAAUGAGAGCGUGUUGGAGCUAUGGCAAAUUCCCUGUUGUCAGCUUGCUAUUUUGCAGACAGCAUUAUAUUUAACCUCUCCUAACCAGAGAGGCUAAAUAAUUUGUCAAAUGCAAUACAGUAAGACAGAGGCAAGGACGAGGUUUGACUUCCAGCCCAGCCUCCUUUCCACAACCUGCUAAGUCUUGAUCCAUCUGAAAACUUUUCUAAUUAGUGAAGAUGCCUAAUAAAAAUUUUCCCUACCUCCAAGGUAGGAGCUUUCUGGAAGUUUCUAGGAAUUCUCAAUAACCACCAGCCAAGGUUACCUCCAGGUAACCUUGCAGCACCAGGCUGGAAGUCAGAUCGGCUUCACUGUCCUCCAACUCUACAGCCUGUAUCUCCCCAUCCCCAGCUUUGACCUUUCCUGCUCAAAUAAACUAUGGGUACAUCCAGCAUCACUGAAAACUCAGGGCUAAGGAUGAACCCUUUCUUCCUGGUUACUCCUCCAAGCGUUCCCUGGUAUCCUCAACCUCAGAUCCCAGGUUCGAUUUCUGCAGUUAAUCUAUGACCCCUCUCUUUCUGCAUCCUUCAUAUGCCACCAGACACCAUGACCAGUCCAGCUUGAUUUUCAAACAACUUUCAUGCUGGUCUUCUCUUCCCUGACGUGUUACUGUGCAGGCUCGAGUCCUCAUCUUCUCGUAUCUGCAUCUUUGCAACCAACUUCCUCCCUUGCCUCUCUGCUUUUCCAUCUCACUUUUCAUGUGUCCUUCAUACCAUCUAUAACAGUCAUCUCCCUGGAACACUCAAGAAGACACAACAUACCCUAUGAUUUAAAGACCAGGGUACUGGACUCAGUGUCUCACACCUGUAAUCCCAACUUUGAGAGUCUAAAGUGGGAGGAUCACUUGAGGCCAGGAUUUAAGAGACCAGCCUGGGCAAUACAGCAAGACCCCAUCUCUACCAAAAGUAAUAAUAAUAAUUAGCUGGGUAUGGUGCCACAUGCCUGUAGCCCAGCUACUCAGGAGGCUGAGGUGAGAGGAUCACUUGAGUCCAGGAGUUUGAGGCUGCAAGGAGCUAUGAUCAUGCCGCUGCAUCCCAGCUCUGGGUGAGAGAGUGAGAUCCGGUCUCCAAAAUAAAUAAAUCAAUCAAAUAAAGACCAAAGUCAAACCACACAUCAGGAUCUCUCACACCCUUCCAAUUUUGCCAUCUACCAGCACUUAGCUAAACUCAUCUCCCAUCUCUUCCACCAUGACGUCACUCUUUCAACAAGGCUAAUGUCCUCUUACUCACCCUUGCCUCUAAGCCUUUGCUAUCACCAUUUCCCACAAACUGGAGGGCCCUCUCUCUCUCUUUACCCCUCUUCCACUACCUCCCACCCCUACUUUUUCCAGAAAGCCAUUUCCUCUCUUUUUUCUGAUUGGUCCUGCCCUCUCACCCAGGAUUAUAUGCUGGAAAUGACCACUUCUGGAGGGCAAGGAACAAGCCCUUGAUCUGCAUAAUGAGUGUUCAAUAAACAGUUGUCAAACUUUGAAA